AUGGGGAAGGAUCUUGUGGCCUUGGCAUCUCGGCAUUUGCGCGUAAUGCUCGAGAAAGCUCCUGGCCCCAAAUUGUUGCUGCUUGACAGCGAGACGACUGGCAUCCUGGCUUGUGCAGUCUCUCAGUCCGAGAUUUUGCAGAAGGAAGUUUUCCUAGUUGCACGCCUCGACGCUUUACCUUCCGGAUCCUUUGAGCACCUGAGUGCCGUCUGCUUUCUAAGACCAACGAGCGAAAACAUCCUGCUGCUCUUGCGGCUGUUGCAGCAGCAGCAGCGACAGCCUCGGCGACUCUCAGACGGCCAGCAGGAUCUCGAACAGCCUCUAGAGGCUCUAGAACCGCAUAGCCGCAUAAAGGAGCUGCAUCUCUUCUUCAGCGGUGCACUUCAGAGGCAAUCCGAGAUGUUGAAGCGUCUCGCACGCCAAGACGAGAUCGACAAGAUCGCACAGGUGUAUGAGGUCUUUGUAGACAUGUAUCCUCUCGGCCCCCGCCUUUUCUCUCUCUCCGUUCCCGCCGUCUCCCAGCUGCAGGCAAUGGUGCAUGAGCUGCUUGGAAUUCGCCACAAUCGGGUUGAUCUGCAUAAAGUCUCAGGCAUUGUGGAGGACCUCAAGGAAGUUGUUCUUUCCACGACUCAGGACGAGUUUUACAAGGCGACAAAGACGCAUGCGCAGAUCACAUCGCUUGAGGCGAUGCGCAACUUCAUUGAGCAGUAUCCAGAAUGCAGGAAGAUGUCGGGCUCUGUAUUCAAGCACGUGACGAUCAUUCACGAGCUCUCUCGUCUUGUGCAGGAGCGGCAGCUGCUGCGCGUGUCAGAAUUUGAGCAAGACCUCUCGACCCGGGAGGCAAGGGGAGAGCAUCUAAAGACGAUUCUGGAAUUUCUUAGAGACGAUACCAUCACCAACAUGGAUAAACUGAGGCUCGCACUCCUCUACGCUAUCAGGUAUGAAAACGACCCCAGCGUCGCUUCCCUCAAGGGCGAGCUGCGCAGGGCUGGCUUGGAGGCGGAGGAGGUGCAGCUGCUGGAAGCCAUCACGCAGUAUUCCAACGCGGCGAUCCGCAGCGGCGAUUUGCUGCAGAACAAGAGCUUCUUGGCAGUUGCUAAGAAUUCCAUCACGAAAGGGCUGCAGGGCGUAACGAAUGUCUUUACCCAGCACAAGAGCCUGAUGUACUCAGUGGUGGAUUGUCUGAUCAAAGGUGAGAAGGAGCCCGCGCAAGAAUUCCCAGUGUGUCUGCUCUUCAGGGGGGAGAUUGAAGGAGACAACUUACCCCGUCCUCCAAUCUCACCCCAGCCCGUACGGGGCCGCCUCCGCAGGCACGCCUUUAAAGGAAAAGCUGCAAACUGUAAGUCCAGUGAACAACCCUUGAACACCCUCUCUUUUGAAGCUUCAGGACCUUAG